AUGGCUCCGGGAAUGGGGAUUAAAGCCCCUGUACCUCGAACAAGAACAGGUUGCUUAACAUGUCGAGCAAGGAAAGUGAAAUGUGAUGAGGGGAAACCAGACUGUGGUCGCUGUAUUCGCCUUCAACGCGAUUGUAAAUGGAGUACACCUCCAGCUCACAUGCUCGCCACGACAUCUCAUGGUCAUGGAAUCUCCAGUACCAGUUCACUGCCCACCACUCAACAGCUUGCGCUUGGUAAAACACGUAUUCCCAAAGAUUCGUUCGUUAUUGAAUUCCCUAAUAUUGACAAAACGACUAUGCCCUAUAUUCAUCAUUUUGUGGGGUUUUGCACCAGAUUCUUGGCAUAUGCAAAUGAUGAUGAAGGGAAUCCUUUCAAAGAGGAAUUGGUACCAUUUGUAACGACCAGCCCGGCUCUAUUACAUAGUAUUAUCGCGGUGGCAGCAGGCCAUAUGAGUAGGACUGACAAGCAGCAUGAGGUUAAGGCUACCAAACAUUAUUCCAUGGCUUUGAGAGAACUUAACACGGCAUUAUGUGACAAUUCAGUUGCGAAACAAAAUGCCACACUGGGUGCUUGUCUUUUACUAUGUGUUUAUGAGAUAUCACAUUCAGAUAGAGGUUUAUGGUUGGAGCAUCUGAAGGGUGCGCGGGAUCUCAUCUUACAUCGAGGAGGUCCUAAAACGUCGGAUUUCCUCACAAGAUUCUUUGCGUUACUUGAUGUUUCUGGUUCUCUAUGGGCAGGACAAGGUCCUCUAUUACCUGGGAAUUAUUGGCUCGAAGAUGCCCCGACACUAUCAACAAGUCCAAAACAAAUUGGCGAUUCGCCCUCAUCAGCAGAACCAGCUUUGAAUUGGCCAUAUUAUGACCCGGGCGGUGUUAUGACUGGAGAGUUUCAUGUGUUUAUGAUAUUUAUGGCCAAGUUAUCUCGUCUAUCCAGUCGUUCCCUUGUCGAAACAUCAGUCGAAGAACAAAUCAUCAUUAAACAAGAAGCCCUUGGAAUCCAACAUGAAGUUCAAAUGUGGUGGCAAAAUUGUCCGCCUAUGCUCCGAGAUCUUUCUAACGAUUGGCGACGACAACCACGCGAUACUAAGCUCACCGUCGCGGAAACUCUCGAAGCUGAAGCAUUCUCUAGUACAAAAGCUUGCAUGUACGGAUGCAUCCUUUUCAUUCAUCAUAUUAUUAACCCAGUUGGUGAGGAACCACCAUCUCCAGAAGUUUCAGAGGCAAUCACACAGGUUCUAGAUAUUGCUGCCGAGACACCAGAGGGUUAUGGAUUGGAGAUGGGUUUGUAUUAUGGGUUGUUUGCAGCGGGAGCAAGUAUCUUUAAUGAUUGGGCGGUAGAGGAUACUGUUAGGAAGAAGUUGAAGGCUGAUACUAGGAUUGCACUUUAUCAUGCUGAUCGAGCCUUGGAAUUACUUGAAAUCCUUUGGAGAAGGCAACACCAAUAUGAACGCAAAUUUGAUUGGAGAGAAGUUCAACAACAAAUGGGAAUUCACAUAUUUAUUCUUGCUUGA